AUGUAGCAAUUAUAUCAACUCCUCCUUACAUAAUAAGAAACUCUCCCUGAAUUAACUUAUUCUGUUGUAUAUAGACAUUCAAAUGGGUUAGGUGGAUUGGAUAACACAUUCACAAACUCAACUUAAAUUUCCAAUCAUGCAUCCAUUAAAUGCAUGGCGAUCUCAAAAUAUAGCAUUGUGUUUGGAGGAGAUUUCGGGAUUGAACACUGGGGUCAAAAUAAAUUUAAUAUUCAAAUGAGAGUUUAAGCAAUUUCAUUUUCUCCAGAUUAUGAAUACAUUAUAUUAUCAGCUAAGGAAACUAUACUAUAUUCUACAAAAACAUAGAAUUUUGUUAAGGCAUUUCCUCAUGAUGUUAAAUUUGAUUCAACAGGGUCACUUUGCUUUUGCAAAGGAAUAGUUUAUGAAACAGCAACUUUCUAAUAGCUGAAAUAAUUUAAAUGCCCAGAGUAUGGCGAUUUUACGAUUUCAACUUAAAGGGAUUCAUUAUACUUAUCGUCUGUUACAUUAAUAAAGCAUUUAGAAGACUUAAAAGACUGCCGUCUUAUUAUUGAUAACUAUGAUACGAAUAAGCAUUUCGAACAUUCAAUUCCCCCCUCGAAUGAAGUUAAAUAGUUGUGGUCAGAUGAUGGAAAAAUCCUAUUAAUUUGGUCAUAGACCCUCGAUGAUCACACCAAUCAGAGUUAUUUUGGUACUCACCACUUAAAUCAUUGGACUGAAGAUAAAUUAUAAAAUAUUGAAUUGUUUGAAGGACCUAUUCAUGAUGUUCAGUGGGUUUAGAAUGGAUUUAUAGUAAUUUCUGGAUAUAUGCCAGCGGGUGCAAUUCUAUUCAAUAAAUCAGGAGAAAAAGAAUACUUAAUACUUCAAGCUCAUAUAAAUUCUAUUUUUCCUAAGCAGAAUUUAGUUGCUCUGUGUGGUUUUGGAAAUCUGACUGGAGACAUAUAUAUUUAUGAGUUGGACAGUCUCAAAAAGCUUGGUUAAACUAGAUAAGAUAAAGUAGUAUAGUUUGAAUGGAGUCCAAAUGGAGAACACUUUUUAUUAGCUACAACUUUUCCAAGAUUGAGAGUUGAUAACCAAUUUAUUAUAUGCUCAAAAUAUGGCGAUUUAUUACGUAAGGAAAAGUUUGAAGAAUUGUAUGAGAUUAAAUGGGUCAAUGAUAAUAAUUUGAAUAUCUAAAUCAACAUUGUAGAGGAAGUCAAAUAAUCAAAGCAGAUUAAUCUAACUACUGGAGUUGACUUUAUCAAAUAAAUGAAAGAAGCUAAAGUUAAUGAUCAGCCAAGGAAGUUGCAGAAAGAUGAAAAAUUAUCGACUUUAAGAUCUUCACCCUAAAAUUAAUAAAAUGUUUAGUUGGUCUAAACUGCAGUACCUCCUAAACCAGCACCUUAGAAAUAAGUUUUUAUGAGGAGAUAAGAACCUAUUAUUUAAUAGCCUACUGCAGAAGAAUUAGAAUAAUAAUAUUAGCAACACCUGUAAUAAUAACAAUAGAUGAAAUUAGAAAAAAAAUAAAAAUAAAAGCACAAUAAAUAGAUGAAUCAUCAAAAUCAUAAAUAAAAAUAAAAGCAUUCACAUCAAAAUGACUUUUAAAAUGAUCCAAAUCAAGACUUGGGAUAGAAUUACUACCCUAUGUGGCAUGAAUGA